CAAUGGGGAUCUUACAGUUAGACCCACAUGCAAGCCUGGCUUCUCAGAACAAGACUACACAGCAUUCAUCUCCCAGAACAUCAUGGAAGGGCAGAAGUUACUCAAAGUAAAAUUUAAUAACUGUGCCGGUAACAAGGGCGUGCGGUACGAGACCAACAGCCUGGACUUCAAGCCCAAAGGAAGGAAGGCAGUGCCUGGAGAGCCGGUGCAGCAGCAGAGUGACACGCUGCUGCCCUGGCGGCAGCACCAGAGCAACAACGGGCUGCGGCGGCAGAAGCGGGACUGGGUCAUCCCCCCCAUCAACGUGCCCGAGAACUCCCGAGGGCCCUUCCCGCAGCAGCUGGUCCGGAUCCGCUCCGAUAAGGACAAGGAGAUCCAUAUCAGGUACAGCAUCACGGGCGUGGGAGCCGACCAGCCGCCCAUGGAGGUGUUCAACAUCGACCCCGUGUCCGGCAGGAUGUACGUCACACGCCCCAUGGACAGGGAGGAGAGAGCUUCCUACCAUCUCCGGGCUCAUGCAGUGGAUAUGAAUGGAAACAAGGUGGAGAAUCCUAUUGACCUUUACAUCUACGUGAUUGAUAUGAACGACAACAGGCCGGAGUUCAUCAACCAAGUCUAUAAUGGGUCUGUUGAUGAAGGCUCUAAACCAGGCACCUACGUGAUGACGGUGACGGCGAACGACGCGGACGACGGCACCACGGCCAACGGGAUGGUGAGGUACAGGAUCGUCACCCAGACCCCACAGAGCCCCUCCCAGAACAUGUUCACUAUCAACAGCGAGACAGGGGACAUUGUCACCGUGGCUGCUGGGCUCGACAGGGAGAAAGUUCAGCAGUACAUAGUCAUUGUUCAAGCAACAGAUAUGGAAGGAAAUCUUAACUAUGGUCUCUCAAACACGGCCACAGCCAUCAUCACAGUGACAGAUGUGAAUGACAACCCCCCUGAAUUCACCACCAGCACUUACUCAGGAGAGGUGCCUGAGAACAGGGUGGAGGUGGUGGUGGCAAACCUGACAGUGCUGGACCGGGACCAGCCCCACUCCCCCAACUGGAACGCCAUCUACCGCAUCAUCAGCGGGGACCCCUCGGGCCACUUCACCGUGCGCACCGACCCCGUCACCAACGAGGGCAUGGUCACCGUGGUCAAGGCAGUGGAUUACGAGAUGAACAGAGCUUUCAUGCUGACGGUGAUGGUGUCAAACCAAGCUCCCCUGGCCAGUGGCAUCCAGAUGUCCUUCCAGUCGACAGCAGGAGUCACCAUUUCAGUCACAGAUGUCAACGAAGCCCCGUAUUUCCCCACCAACCACAAGCUGAUCCGGCUGGAGGAGGGGGUGCCCCCAGGGACGGUGCUGACCACGUUCUCGGCGGUGGAUCCCGAUCGCUUCAUGCAGCAGGCAGUCAGAUACUCUAAGCUGUCAGAUCCUGCAAACUGGCUGAACAUUAAUGCCACAAAUGGUCAGAUCACUACUGCUGCUGUCCUUGAUCGAGAGUCAGACUACAUUAAGAAUAAUGUCUACGAGGCCACAUUCCUGGCUGCUGACAACGGCAUUCCCCCCGCCAGCGGCACGGGCACGCUGCAGAUCUACCUGAUCGACAUCAACGACAACGCGCCCGAGCUGCUGCCCCGCGAGGCGCAGAUCUGCGAGAAGCCCCACCUGAACGUCAUCAACAUCACGGCCGCCGACGCCGACAUCGACCCCAACGUGGGGCCCUUCGUCUUCGAGCUGCCCGCUGUGCCCUCUGCAGUCAGGAAGAACUGGACCAUCACACGGCUCAACGGGGACUAUGCCCAGCUCAGUUUGAGGAUCAUGUACCUGGAGGCAGGAGUGUACGAUGUGCCCAUCAUCGUGACAGACUCAGGAAACCCCCCCUUGUUCAACACCUCAGUCAUCAAGGUGAAGGUGUGCCCGUGCGACGAGAACGGCGACUGCACCACCAUCGGCGCCGUGGCCGCGGCGGGGCUGGGCACGGGGGCCAUCAUCGCCAUCCUGAUCUGCAUCAUCAUCCUGCUGACCAUGGUCCUGCUGUUCGUGGUGUGGAUGAAGCGCCGGGAGAAGGAGCGCCACACCAAGCAGCUGCUCAUCGACCCCGAGGACGAUGUCAGGGACAACAUCCUCAAGUACGACGAGGAGGGAGGUGGAGAGGAGGAUCAGGAUUACGAUUUAAGCCAGCUCCAGCAGCCAGAGACCAUGGAUCAUGUGCUGAACAAGACACCUGGAGUCAGAAGGGUGGACGAAAGACCUAUUGGUGCUGAACCACAGUAUCCUAUAAGACCAGUAAUCCCACAUCCAGGGGAUAUUGGUGAUUUUAUUAAUGAGGGCCUGCGUGCUGCAGACAACGACCCCACAGCCCCCCCCUACGAUUCCCUGCUGGUGUUUGACUACGAGGGCAGCGGCUCCACCGCCGGCUCCGUCAGCUCCCUCAACUCCUCCAGCUCCGGGGACCAGGACUACGACUACCUGAACGACUGGGGGCCCAGGUUCAAGAAACUGGCGGACAUGUACGGGGGAGGAGAGGAAGAUUAA